CGCGGGUCCGAGCCGGGAAAGCUGAGAGCGGACCCGCAGCGCUGUGCUGGGCGGGUGCGUCCGCUCGCCGCCGCGCUGAAAGGCUCUUCCUCCCCCACGCGGCCAGUCCACCUCCUUGCUAGCUGCGGCGCGGGAUCCCGACGGGGGCGUGGACCGGGGACGCCGAGCUGCUCAGGAUGAGGAGGACAGCGGCGCUCGGGCGGCGCGGCCGCGUCCCCCGGGAGUGAGCGCUACCCUCCCGCCUCCUCGGGGACUUCCCGGACGCCAGGGCUUGCCGCCAUGCGUGCGCCCUGAGGAGAAGGUGUUUGGAGUCGUGGACCGAGUCAUGCGGGCUGGCUUUUGAGAGGCUCGGGACGAGUGAAGAAGCCCCAAAAUGGAGGACUUUCCUACUAGGACCUACGGCACCAGUGGCCUGGACAACAGACCUCUGUUCGGGGAGACGUCGGCCAAGGACCGAAUCAUCAAUUUAGUUGUUGGCAGCUUAACAUCCUUAUUGAUUCUAGUAACGCUGAUCAGUGCUUUUGUUUUCCCUCAACUACCUCCCAAACCAUUGAAUAUAUUUUUUGCUGUCUGCAUCUCUUUGAGUAGUAUUACUGCCUGCAUACUUAUCUACUGGUAUCGACAAGGAGACUUAGAACCGAAAUUUAGAAAUCUAAUUUACUAUAUCAUAUUUUCUAUCAUCAUGUUAUGUAUAUGUGCGAACCUGUACUUCCAUGAUGUGGGAAGGUGAGGCUGCCAAGGAGAAAUACUUACCAGGACAGUGAAUAAAUGUUGGAUAUAUGCUGAAGAAUCUUCUACAGAAGUCUGAUACAUGAUUUUCAUGUUAAUUGUAAAUUUAAAUUCCCUCUUGAAAGGGAGACAUAUCAUAGAUCUCAUUGCUUUUUCUUUAAGGAGCUGAUGUUGCACUUAAAACAUUCCAAAACUUAAAAGUUCAUACAGCACAAGUACUUUUCACUUUGAAAUUAUUAUUAUUUUUUACAAUUGCAUGGCAAACGCUCAAAAUCUUGCAUUUUAAGACAAAUAUUCUUUUAUUUCUGUUAAACUGAAUAUACAAUUAUUGUUCCCUAGGCAACCAACUUUUGCUUAUAACUACAAUUUCACGUUAACAAAACACAGACAGUGAAAAGACAACUUUGAUUGUGAAGAUCUAAUUACAAUAAUAAAUAAAAUAAUUUAUACAA